GCGUCACCGCUUUCCGGCCGACAGCGGUCGAUUUACGGCAAGAGCGAAUCUUCCACAUGGCUCCGAACUGAAGCGGAGCUUCUGUGUUGUCGAGUUUCAUAGCCGAAAUUUACCACAAAAAAAAAAAAAAAACGAGACACGACGCAGAAUCACUUUACAUGACGGCUUAGAAACUGGUGGAAAUGGGUAAAAGUAAAACCACGAAGUUUAAACGACCGCAGUUCAGCUCGGUGGGGCUGCCGGUGAACGCCGUGAAGGAGGUGGACGCUGCCGAGGAAGAGCACGACGAAGACAGCUGUCCAGCUGCAGAGCUGCUGGAGAGAGUAAGGACAAAAUUAUUGCUCGGGUUUAAAUCCAAAGGUUUACACACAACCAGAGAAGUAAGUCUUCCUCCUGUUGUGUCCCCAGCCCACUGUUUGCACACUGUGACCGAGGAUAACCCAGAACUGCUGCGCAGCAUGAACGCUGCUGUGCUAGGAGCCCUGGAGAAUGUGCUGCUGUCAUCCCAGACAGGCAUGGCACACACCCUCCUCAAGACUUUAGCUGCAGGGACACUGUGGAACAUGAAGGGUUGUCUGCCUGAGGCCCGUCAGUCCCAGACCCUCAACGCUGUGGUGGCCUCUUUGUCACAGUGCCUGGAUUUGGACGCAGGUGUGCUGAUCCUUGAACUCAGAGAAGCAGAAGAGGUUCAUCAGAGAAACGCAGACUCUGUAACGGACGUAGAAGAAUCGGCAGCAGGAGAACUCAUCGUGGAGGAGAUGGUUGAAGAAGAAGAGCCACCCAAUAAGACAAGGAAUGGCAAAACUGCGAAGACUGAUACGGACUUCUCUGACCUCCUUCCUAGGGGUAAGGAGGAGCUGAGGGAGGCGACGGCCUUGCUGACAGCCCAGCAAACGUCUUUGGAGAUCAUUGUCAACAUGUGCUGCUCUGACGACGCCUCCGAUGACGAGUGGGAGGAGGAAUCGAGCAGCGAUGAGAGCGACAUGACUCCUGAUGGCCUCUGUGAUGGAGUCUGCAGUUUGAUGUCUCCUCUCUGCUUGUCAGCUGAGGUUCAAGGAGCUUUGAUCAACCACAGCAUACCAGAAAAGGUUCUCAAAAAGACAGGAUACCCCAGACAGGAAGCCAUAAGUGUGUGUCAGGAGGAUCCCUCCUGGAAAGGACUGACAAAGAAGAUGCGGCGUAUUCAGUCCCGAGCACUGACGUGUCUCCACAGCAUCCUCUCCACCAUGGAUGCAGAGUCUCUGGGUGGAGAGGCAGCCCUGCAGGGAGCAGCACAGCACCUCUCCACACUGGUCUUUGGGGCUGAAGAGAUCCUCAAAGAUGUCGAGUUUCUUGAGGCAGUCAUCAGUGCCGUGCGGGCUCUCCUGCAGAUGAUUGCCUCCAAAAACAUUGCCCAGUGCAUGACCCCUCAGCAGCUGAUGAGCCUGAGCGAGGCAGCGACCUGCUGUGAAGUCGUCAGCGUGAGGGUCAACGCCGUCGCCAUUCUGGGCAUCACUGGCAGCACUUUAGCCAAAGAAAAAGGCUCAGCAGAAAUCCUUCAGCUGAUUGGGAACGCCUUACUUCAAGUUGCCUCUAAGGAUGUGGACCUGGUUGUGAACGGAGAAGCCCUUGACGCUUUGUUUGACGUGUUUGCUGAUGGAGAGGAGGCGAAGACAGCUGCUAAAAACAUCGGUUUACUGACUGCACUUAAAGCACUUCACCCUGUCUUCAAGGCUAAGGUACGUAAAGAAGGAAGAGGUAAAUACAGCCCUCAGCAGCUCUGCGUGCUGGAUAACAUCAAAAUCAACCUGAGAAGAUUUAUUAGUUACCUGGAAAAGAUGGUGAAAAAAUGAGGACUUUGUGUUUUUCAUACUCUGAUCAUUGAAACACGUGUCUGAGACAAUAUGGCUGUGUUGCAGUCAACUAUUUAUGGUUAUUUACUUUAAAUAAUGGUUUACAGUUUUUCUUGAGCUAUGUUGAAGUUUGUGGUGAAAAGAGAGGUUUGGUUAAUGGUUCACGCAUUUAACUAACAAAUGUUUUUGGCCCAGAACUACGUUUUAAUGAAAUCUCAUCAAUGUUAAGAGAUCAGGAGAGCAAACUUCAACGUCUCUUUUUAGAACUCCUCAUGUU